UAAUCAUUAUUCAUCAAGGAAAACCAAAUAAACGUAAGCAUGACAGUUUACGUCACAGUCCAAUAGGCCCGUCCUCAGAAGUAACAAAAGCUUAGUUUGAUCAUUAGUUUAAUCUCUGAGCUUAUAAUCACAUAACAAGGUUUUAAAAUGAGAAGAAGCUGGAUUCUUUGUACAUGUGUCUAUAUUUCAACCCUAGCAACAAGUCACAGUCAAUUACCAUUUGAAAUUACAACAGAAGACCUAGGGAAUGCAGAGGCUGAUUUUAUUGACUUUUUUCUGAGUAACCCUGACAUGUUAUUUAAUGCCUUGGAUGUUGGAAAUGAGACAACAACUGUGACACCAACAACAAAUAAACCAGCACCUGAAGAAACCUCCAGUCCAGCAAUUACAGUGGACUCAGGUACAGAACAGUUCCAAAACAAAACAGACCAAACAGACCAUGGAACAGAACAUACAAGUGGAAACAGAGACCUAGAUCAUGGACUAGUUGUAGAGAAUGGCAUGGUACGUGAUCCAGUAUCUGGUGCUAUCACUCAUGUUCUUGAUAUUCAUGAUGGAGAACUUUUAGAGGUUAUCCAGAGUGAAAUAACUGGUGGGCAUAUAAUUGAUCCCCACACUGGAGAACUGAUUCUCCUCUCAGAACUGCCAACCCUGACACAAACAACACUAGCACCUGCUCCCCAGACUACCACAGUGACCAUACUAUCUGUUGAUACUACCACAGAAAAUCACAAUACUGAUCCAUCAGGAAACAACCAUCAAGAUCAGACUGGUCAAAAUGAAGGUAAUUCACAGAAUAAAGUCAUUAAUGGAGUUAUUCGAGACCCAGACACAAAUGAGAUUACACAUAUAGUAGAUCCCCACACUGGUGAACAUCUGGAAGUUAUACAGAGUCCAAUAUUUGGGGCUCAUGUUUUUGACUCUCACACAGGAGAACUGAUUAUUGCUGAGGACCAUGCUCUUGAACAUGGUACAGUGGAUGUUCAGUCUCUUACCUCUGGUACUAGUUCACAGCCAAUUACCCAGCCUCCAGCUCAGGACACAACAACGGUUACAACAACAACAACAGAAGCUGUCACAUCAACAACAACAAAAGCUGAAACACAGGAAGUAGUAACUACAACAAAAUCGGUACCAACUGAAACAAUACCACCUACAACACCUACAAUCACAAGCAGAGGUACCACAGAGGGUACAACAACAAUAACAGAGACUGUACCAACAAAAACUACUUCCAAACCCACAACAACAAUGACAAUUACAACAGAGGCCAUAGGCACAGCAAAAUCAGUAGACAUUUUGGAUAGGAUAACAACACUUUCAAAUGAAGAAAUCUCUACAACAACUCAAACACCAGUGGAGAUUUCUACAAAUAUUGCAGAACAAGUUACCACUCAAACAACACCAAAUGUCAAUAAAAAUCUAGCAAUUGGCCAUAUUUAUGAGAAUCAGUAUGUUGUGCCAUCUUCCAACAAGACUUCAACAACAAAACCAAACAAAACACAAAGAAGGAAAUUUGGGACAAAGAAGGGAAUAUAUUCAGUUUUGGAAAAAUACAGAUCGGAGUACUUAAAGAAUAGAAAGAAUCGACAAAGUAAAUAUGGGGAAGACCUCAAAGCUCCCAACAUUAAUAAGGUACUGAAGUGGAUUGAGAAAAGAAAAGAUCAGUUCAAAAAAGUUUUACAAGACAAAAAGGAAAUUGAGGAAGUAAAGAAAAUUAAUCCAAAGGAAAGAUUUCAUGUAGUAGAUUUAGAAAACUAUUUUCCCAGUCUUCAAAGAAAUAAAUUUGGAGGAUUAGAAGCAAGAAAGAAGUGGAGAGCCAGGGCAACACCAGCUCCAAUUUCAGUGUCAGCGAAGGGAAACAGUGAAAAUAGGAAUACACAAAACUUAGUGUCCAUAUCUAACAAUGGAAACAAAAACGUGUGGGAAAAUGCUGCAACAUUUCGAAAUCCACAUAGCAAAAAGGGCAGAGGUAGAAUAAGCAGUUUCCAGCAAAAUCCAGACAGGACUAGUGCAUUCUGGCAACAAAUGUCAACAAAACUAAACCCAAAACAAUUCAGAGUUAACGACAAGAUACAAAAGGUCCCUACCACAAGGGCUCCAAUCAUAAAAGAUUCCACUACUCCAAAGACUAUUGAGAUAACAACAGAAAGUAUGACAGUUAGACGAAAAAAUAGGAGAAAAUUCGCAAAUAAAUGGAGAAAGACUUUUAGUAGACAACAAAAUAAACAAAAACCUGAGGAAAAUCACGAAAGUACACAAAAUACUGGUAGUAUGGGAAACUACUGGAAAAGUUUAAAAGAAAAAGUAUAUAAAAACACAGCUGAUAUAGACAAACAAACUUCAGAGUCCUAUGUUGCAGACCUUGCUAGGAAAAUAAACAAUAAAAGAAUUGCAAGAGACCCAGAAAAUAUUAAAAAGAGGAAAAAGAAGUGGCAAAAGUCAUAUUUAGCUGAGCAAAAUGGCAAUUGAUAUUUAGAAUACUAGUACUAUUAAAUUAUUGUCUUCUUCUCACUAGUUCAAAGCUUUAUUAUCCUGUGUGCAUGGUACAAUAAACAUGAUAAAAAUUUCAACUGCUUUGC